CUCAAGCAAUCUUGGCUCCAAUGUGUCUUUGCGUUUUCUGUGUUUGCAUCCGCCAUGAGUUCCAAUCAUCCCUCUUUGAGGCAAUGGCUGUCGAAACACGAGCCGUUUGACUGCGCAUUGAACCCAUCAUUUUUGGGUGUCUUUGCGCACACAGGCUGCGCAGGUGCGCUUCAGCAACAAGGACUAUUGCGCAGUCUCUGCGGUCUGGCUGGCGCAUCAGCAGGUGCGCAUUGUGGCGCAAUCAUCGCCUCCGGGAGUACUGUCCUUGAUCAGACCUCGUCAAGACCUGUUCUGCACGAUGAUCUGCAGAGCCUGCUCACGCUUGGGGAUAGGCGCUGGCAGGUGCUGGAUCCUGCUCUGGGCCUUGGAGUUUUGGAAGGCAGAGGCUUGGAAGAGGAGGUGAGCAGAAUUGUAAAGCCGACCUUUGAGGAACUGAAUAUUCCGUUUGCCUGCACCGCCUUCAGCAUGUGGUCUCGUCGCACAGAGAUACUGAAGAGCGGUCCUCUACCUCGGGCGGUCCGAGCUUCAUGCGCGGUGCCGGUGCUCAUACAUCCAACGUCCCAUGAACGCCGCAAGUGGCUUCUCGACGGUGGUAUUGGUGAUCCGUCUGGCAGCGUUGGAUUGCGAGCCUUGCCCGAGCAACCUAAGCGGAGCUUACACAUUAUCGUGAACAGGAGAGUGGGUAUGGGGCUCGAUUCCAUGUGGACGAGGUCGCUGGGGCCAUCGCAGUACGGCGCCCGGCGCGAAGAAGUCGUCACGCUUCGCCUGAACAACCCGCCGACUUUGUUCUUCGGGGAUUCCAGUUUCAGGCAGCUCGGCACCGCCGUUGAGCUCACUGCAGACGCGGUUCUUCGGGCGCUCGACGCCCCGCUGCAGCGCGGUCACGAGGAUCGGAGCAGGGCCAGUCGAGACAGCUGCGGGCCUCCCUGGCGUUCCUUGCCCUUCUCAGGCCUCCGAGAGGCUUCUCGUCACCACUGCUGGAUCCGCUUCGAAGAUCGAUGUCGGGGUGGACCGCCCGCGCGAAGGGUCCCAGGGGCCGAUUCGUGGUGGUCGGUGUGUGCAGCACCCUAUCUCGGAUCUUGGAGGUGAGCGACGGAGGGAAGUGAGAAGGAGAGGGCCCUCUCAGAAGGCGGUGGGGCUUCUCAGAAGUCCUCCGGCCUUCUGAGAGGCUUUCUGUGUCUUCGGGGAAGGCCUAGAGGACGUGUGAGAAGGCCGGGGGACUUCCGAGCCUUCGGAGAAGGGCUCCCCCCUCUCUUUUCCCCCCCUCGCUCGCCGCCGACUGGCUCUGGAGCAGAAGCGCAACAACAGUCGCCCGUCUCACCCCAUUUCCGAGGACGGAUUCUAAGCGGAUCCGUUCCGAGCGGGCGAGCUCCGCCGUGGUCUCGAGCUGGCUGCUCUCCCCCCCCUCGGAGAGGACGGCCACUGGGUCGCAGAGGUGGACGUCGCCUGGGGCCGGCGAGGCAAGCUGUGAGGGGCGCCUUUGAGGCAGCUCCCCGCCGUCGUGCCACGACCUCUCGGGCGUGGCUUGCCGGGCGCGCGGCGCUUCGCCGCGGCGCCGGCACGAGGGCGGCCACCGGAUGCUGCCCACCUGAUGCAAUGGUGAUCGUCAUACCCGCACCCAGCUAUUCGCCAGCGCGGCAGAACAGCCGCCGCAGCUCUUAUUCGGUCCACGGGACGGGCUGACA